AUGGAAACUCAUAAAAUUAUUUACUUCGAAUAUGGCGGACGAACGAAUUGCCAUUAUAACCCACAACAAGACAAUUUAACCCCCGAGGAGUUUAUUAAUAAGUUAAAAGUGUUUAGAAAAGGCGAUAAUAUAAGA